AUACAAGGAUGGCAGCAAGUAUGUCAUGACCGAGAUCUCUGUAGAUGGACAUCGUGUAACAUACAACAUGUCUGACAAAAAUCAACCCACUCUAACAAUCAAAGAUCUGAGAGAGGGCGAUGCAAAGUUUUACUGCUGCAGUGAGAAUACAAAAAACAACUCAAAUAACUGCUGGCUAAAUAAAAUCAACCUCCAACUUGCAGAUUUGCAGGUAAAGGUGAUUCCUACCACAGAGGAAACGUCAGUGACACUGAUGUGUAGCACCAGCUGUGUUCAGACUAAAAACCCUGCAGGCUACAUCUGGUACAAGAACAGAAAGUUUUUCUAUCAGGACUGGUCUCCCUGGUACCAAGAGCUGGUCAGCAGUGAAGAAGCAGUCAGAUACUCCUGUGCUAUCAAAGGCUACGAGGAACACAGAGCCCCUGAAGUCUCUGUGGAUUCUGUCACACCAGCCUGCAUUAAUGUGACCUACGCUCAAGGGAGAAUGUGUUCUUACAAGCAGACAUCAGUGAAUGAGUCCUGCUCCCUCACAUAUCCCACAGAAGUACGUCUUCAGAGGAGUUCUAUGUCACAGCAUACCCUGACCUGUAACACCAGCUGUCCACUGACUGACCCUCAAACUGCCUAUAUGUGGUACCAGAACAGACAACUGUACAAAAACGCUAAGGGACAACAGUUUUCAGUUUCUGGCUCAGCUGACAGCUACUCCUGUGCUGUGGAAGGCUUUGAGGAUCUGCUGUCUCCUGAAGUCUGUCUUGAGGGUGAGAGCUGUUGGACUGUGAAUUAUGCCAUCAGGAGAAUCUGUGCUCUACAAGGCUCUUCAGUGAACAUUUCAAGCGAAUACUCACAUCCCUACGAGCAGCCGCUCAAGUACAAAUAUUGGUAUAAGAUAAAGAUAAAUGGUGAGAAGGAUACUGAAGAGCUGAUCACAGCUAAGGGUCGUAUGGAGUAUCAUGAAAACAGGAAGAAUCACCACAUGCUGAGAAUCAUAAACCUGAAGAAGAAUGACUCUGGCGAAUACAUAUUCAGAACCCUGACAAAUACAUCGAAAAUGCUUUAUUUUCCUGGAGUGACUCUGGUUGUCACAGCCUUUGGUUCAGCUUCACUCAAACUCAUGGACUUUUCAGGAACAUGA